GUUCAUCAGUCGUCAUUUCACAUCGCAACUGUAGGACGGAGAACGUCAGGACUCAAUUUCAUCAUAUUUCUCUUACAACUGUAGUGGAGCAUUGCCUACUAUGAACUAAAACUCUUCCUAAAAUCAAAUCAAGUAGAUCAUAGUGAAGUGACGCAUAAGCCAGUAGAUUCCAGUGUCGAGUUGUAAUUUUUUGCACCUCAAUGUAGCUAGAGGAAAUGGCUGUGGAAAGCAUGACUGUCCAUCCAAACUCCCCAACUACCAACCACGAACACAACAGUCUCCUGACUGACGAAAGGCCAGAGGAUGGGGAGCUGGAGGAGGGCGAGCUGGAAGAUGAUGGGGGAGAGGUGGAGGAGAAGGAGGUUGGUGGAGGUGUGUCUGCAGUCGCAGUAGAAGGAGGUGGAGAUGGCGUAGAAGAAGCAGGCGGAGGAGGAGGUGAAGCGGUAGGGGAAGGGGCCGCGGACAGGCCUCGGAGGAGUAAGGAGGGCCACGCCAGCAGCAACUCAGACGAGGAGAGGUCCCACCGCCGCAAGAGGAAGAGGAAGAAAGAGAGAGAGCGAGAGAGGGAGAAGAGGAGGGCCAAGAAGAAACGCAAAUCCAAACACAAACGCCAUGCGUCCUCUGAUGACGACCACUCAGAGCUCAGCGACGACUCUGACUACAGUCCCAGUGAGAAGAGGAAGUACAGAGAGUACAGUCCACAGUACCCCCCCCCUCCUACUCAUGGGGGCUACAGCGGCUCAAAGAAAGGCAGCUACUUGAAGAUGGACAAGCAGAGCUAUGGAGGCUACGAAGACUUUGAAGAGGAGAACUUUGAGGGAGAGGAAGAGGAGGAAAUUGCUGAUGAAGACUACGACGACUUCAACAAGGAGCUGAACCAGUACCGCAAGGCGAAGGAGGGUGGAGGCCCACGUGGGGGACGAGGGGGAAGAGGUCGCAUGAAAACCCAGAGAGGCCGCGGACUGAUGAGGGGAGGGAGGAGAGGAAGAGGAGGGAGCAGAGGAAGAGGAGGUCGAGGGGGAAGUGGAGGAGGAGGAGGGGGAAGUGGAGGAGGAGGAGGAGGAGGAAGUGGAGGAGGAGGAGGAGGAGGAGGAGGUGGAGGAGGUGGAGGAGGAGGAGGAGGAAAGAUGGGAGGAGAAAAUGACGAUGGAGACGGCUAUGGAGAAGAGAUGGAGUAUGGAGAUGAUGACUAUGACAACAUGGGUGAGGAGGACUACGAUGAGUACUCAAAUCAGUACAAAAAGUCCAAAGACAGAGGCCGAGGAGGUAAAGGUCUCCGCGGGCGAGGGAGAGGUAAAGGAGGGCGCGGUAUGCUCAGAGGAGGAAGAGGUCGAAACCGGGGGAGAGGAAGAGGCGACAUGGGCAACGAUAACGAUGACAACAACAACAACAACAACGGGGACAUGGACAACGGGGACGGCGGUGGAGGAGGUGAUGGACCAGGACCAAUGAGGAGGAAUCCCAAUGAGAAGCACCAGGAUAAGAAAGGAAAGGCCAUCUGCAAGUACUACAUCGAGGGGCGCUGUACCUGGGGGGACCACUGCAACUUCAGCCAUGACAUUGAGCUGCCCAAGAAGAAGGAGCUGUGCAAGUUCUACAUCACUGGGUUCUGUGCCCGGGCCGACCACUGUCCUUACAUGCAUGGCGAGUUCCCCUGUAAGCUGUUCCACACCACGGGGAACUGUGUAAACGGAGACGAGUGCAUGUUCUCCCAUGACGCCCUGAAUGAAGACACCCAGGACCUGCUCGACAAGAUGCUGGCGGAGGAUGCGGAGGCGGGAGCGGAGGAUGAGAAGGAGGUGGAGGAGCUGAAGAAGCAAGGCAUCAACCCCCUCCCCAAACCCCCUCCUGGAGUCGGCCUCCUCCCCACCCCUCCCCGGCUCCUUCCUGUAGACAACAACACAGGGGGCGGAGAUUUUGGCGGGCCCCCGUCAGGUGACUUCGGGGGUCCUCCACCUAACCAGGGGCCCAAUGCCAACAAAGGUCCCCCCCCAGGGCCUGGGCCUGGUCCUGGGUCCAACCCCUGUGUUCCUCCCCCUGUCCAUGGCCCUGAUGUAAAUCUCUUCCAAGGUGGGCCCCCAAAUCCCAGUGGCCCUCCUCCCCACAUGGGCCCCCCACCUCCAUGUGGUGGAGGAGGUGGUGGCCCCGGGAAGAAGAUCCCCUCCCUGUUCGAGAUCAAAGUCCAGCCCACAGGACAGCUGGCUCACAAACUGGCUGUAAGGGGCCAGACUCCCAGUAGCAACCAGGGUCAGACUGCAGCACCGGGACCCCAAGGGCCCCCUGGGGCCCCUCCACCUUGCUUUCCUCCUCCCCCAGGCAUGAUGCCCCCUGACAUGCAGAACAUGGGCCCCAACCACGGGAUGAACCAGGGUCCCCCCAACAUGGGCCCCCCUCCCAUGAUGGGAGGAUUUUCGUCUGGUGACGGCCCUCCUCAUGGAGGAGCCAUGCCCCCAGGGCCUCCUCCGGGAGGAGGAAACUUCUUCAAUAACUUCUUCCACCCGCAAGACUCAAUGAUGGAGGGAGUGGUGCAAGAAGGUGACAACUACCAGGGUUUCUCUGGCAUGGACGAGAGAGGAGGAGCAGGGAACGUUGGUCAUCAGUCCGGUGGCCAGGAAGGCUUUGCUAAUGGAGCAUCAGCCAAUCAGGGAGGGAUCUCUGUGCCUGACUUCCUGCCUCCAGCACAGCGCGUGCUGUUCAUGAGGAUCCAGCAGAAGCAGCAAGAGGAAGAGGAGAGAGCUCGCAGGAUGGCCGAGGGGGGGGCAGAGAAGAGUCGAGAGGCUGAAGGUGACUCUGGGAACUGGUACUCUAGUGAGGAUGAGGACGGAGGGAGCAGUGUGACGUCCAUCUUGAAGACGCUCCGUCAGCAGACCCAGGCCCCCCCUAAAUCUGACGGCCCCCGGAGCGACCCUCGCCUCCUGAAGGCCUCUCCUGCCAACCCUCCUCCCCGGCCCGCAGACCCCCGCAUGGCUCGGGACCCUCGCCUGGCCCGUGGUGCAGACUCGGCUGACUCCACCCUCCCCAUGCCCACUAUAGCCUCCUCUGGACCCCCAGCAGACCCCAGGUUAGCCCGUCUAGCUGCUGCUGUGUCAACAGGACCCCCACACGUGCCCCCUGCAACCAAACCGGAGCCUCCUCUGGUCUACAAGCCCCCGCCCCUAACAACCCCGGCAGCGGCAGAGGAGGAGGAGACGGAGCGGGUCCUACGAGACAAGCCGGUCCCCAUCCCUCUGGAUCCCCUCAUGGGCAUGGCUCUCAGAGACCCCCGCUCACAGCUGCAGCAGUUCAGCCACAUCAAGAAGGACAUUGUGCUCCACAUGCCAGCCUUCAUCAAGACCAUCACCUGGUCUCCGGAGGACCUCCUCCCCCUCCCGGCCCCAAAGCAGGACCUCCUCCCACUCCCCCCCGGCAUCCCUCCCGUCUCCUCCAUAGAACCACGUCCGACCCGCUCUCAGCCGCCGCUCCAACCGUCGCUCCCUCACUCACAUCCUCCUCCCCUUCACCCUCACCCCCCUCCCUCCUCCCUGGACCCCCCUGCCCCCUCCUCCUCCUCCACCCUCCCAGACUUUGAGCUGCUGUCUCGUAUCCUGAAGACUGUCAACUCCAGCCCAUCCCAAACUCCUUCCCCUCCUCUCCUACCCCCCCCUAUUCCCCCUAUGUCGCUCCUGGGGCCACCUCCAUCCAUGCCUCCCCCACCCGUAGAAAAGCCAGUCGACCCCCGUAUGUCCCGAAAAGGCCCCUCGGACCCCCGCCUCCAGCCUCAGAAGUCGGCUCUGAAGCAACCCUCUGAGCCCCUGCCCCCCCCUGUACCCUCUGCCUCUCCAGCACCACCAUCCAGCUCCUCCACCCCUCCCAUCGCCCCCUAUGACCCCAGGAUGUUCUCCUCAGGUGGGGCAGGCCGCGGUGUGGGGGCCGGGCCAGCAGGGGGAGCCAGCGUGCUGAGCAACAUCAGUCUGUAUGACCCAAGGACUAACAAACCAGGUAGCCCCGGAGCCGGCAGCGGCUCCAACAACUCCCCCAACUCAGCCAGCGUGGAGUCCAAACCCAGCGACCCCCCCGCGGCUAAACCCAAGUCCAAGGAGCCCCUGUUUGUCCGGAAGUCUGCUCUGGACCAGCCAGAGCCGGAAAAAAGUGUCGAGCAAGGAACCGACCGAUACAACAGCUACAACCGGCCCCGGCCCAAACCCGCACCCUCGCCCAACUCCACAGCACAGGGGGGUCCUGCAGCCGCAGCAGGGCAGGGGCCUCCAGGAGCUUCUGGGGAUCAGGGGCCCGCGGGGGUCCACAACCUCCCAGUGUCCACUUUAUUUGGCGCGGUGAAGCAGGCGGCCAAACCCGGCGGGACGGGGAGCCCGUUCGGGGGGAGCAGCCCGGUGCAGGCGGAGCAGAGCACCGCGGAGCAGGACAAGGCCUCGCUGAAGGAUGUGUUCAAGGGCUUCGACCCCACUGCCUCGCCCUUCUGCCAGUGACCCCCCCCCCCACCACUGAACCCUAACCCCCAUCAUGAUGUGGGCGGAUGGCUUGUUUUAACAUUUCUGAACACCGAACUGUAAAGAGAAAGAGAAGCGCACUGAGGCAGCUGCCUGUAAGACUGGUUUAUCAGACAAACUUUUGUGAACAAACUGAUGUCACAUGAUGUGUUUCAUGCACACUCUCAGACACAGACACACUCAGACACAGACACACUCGCACACAUUUAACCACAGUGUUUCAGAUUCAUAUUCUAUAGAAAGACUCCUGCGUUAUGGAAAAGGUUUAAAUUUAAAUCUCUAAAGCUCUAUUUUAAACAAACGUAUUGAUGUAUAAAUAAAUGUAUUCUCUUCUUCUCAAUGCUUUAUCAAAACAGUUAUUUACAAAGGCAGCAAACACACAUUUAUAUUAAUGAACGUUUUAGCUUCACGUCUUUUUUUUCCUCCUCCUUCCUCCUCACCUUUAAACUGGUUGACAUGUUUGUCUACCGUUUGUGGACAGUCAAUGCUUUUGGCAACAGAAGAAAAAAAGGAUACUUCUGAAUUAGUUUCAACAAAUUGCUCAUUUGUGGUGUUUUUGUAACUAAAUGAAUGACACUGAGGCGACUCCAUCCCUGUUCCCCAUAAGAAACCAGUGACCCUGUAUUUCCCUGCCUUUGCACCCUUCUCUCUGCUUUCAUUUCUCCGUCUGACCCACCAUGUCACAGAAACAUUUGCAAAUACCUAAAUCUAUAUUCAGCUUUUUUUUAGUAUUUAUUUUUCUACUUCUUUGCACUUGUCAGUCUGUGUCCUCUGAAGGCUGUUAUUCAUGUUUUUAAAUGUCUGUAGCUCCUUUAGCCGCUCAUAUUCUGUUCAUUUCCAGGUGUUUAGCUUUGACCUAAAAUAGGUAACUGCGGGUACAUGAAGUGAGCGCCUCUAUAACCACUACUGUCGUUCCUUUCUCUUAGUUUGACUUUGAUCAGUCCUUUUGCUCCAGGGUGAGAAGAGAUUCUGUGGCUUUAAGGUAGAAGAGGCGGAUAAGAUCAUCAUCAUCAUCAUAGCCAUUGCAUCAGUAAAGAGCAGCAUGAUGGUGCUCUUCUCUGCCCAAAAGGUUUUUUCAAAGGUUCAACCCAUCAUUUGUCAGCCUCUGUUGGAUGAAAGGAAUUGGACACUUUGAUUCACCUUCUAGCCUUUAGCUUUUGGUUGUUUUGUUUGUAUUAGUUUGGAAUGGAAAGAAGCAUACAGGGCAAAGCUGCAGAUGUCUGAGUGGUUAUUGGAAUAGAAUGAUUUGCACCCUUGCAGCAUCACUUUGUAAGUGUUUAGCUUUAGUGUCUGCUGACAGUGUGACAAUCAGAAACUGGACUUGGACCUAAAUGUUAUGAAUGCAUUGAUCUGUGUAUGGGCUCUGCCUAAACACACAGCAGACCUUAACUCAGUGUUACUACAUGGCUCUCUGUCAGGCUGCAGAUAAAGAGGUGCACACUUCAUGGGGGAAAUGUUCGGUAGGGAUGGAUUCAGUUUGGAUGAGUGUUAAAAAUGUCUCCAGACUCCCCUUUUACACAGUGAGAGGUCAGGUGCAGUGUAUGAAUAGGGGGGGGUCAGCAGGUGCCUGCUCUCAUUAGCUUGUUUGAAGAUCUUUAAACACAGGGUCACUAGAGGAGCCUUUAGAAGUUUUUUCUGACUUCCACAAGGUGCCAGGAUUGACCGUCUUAUGUAUAAAUGUUGAUCAUUUUAAUUUAUUUUUUUAUACUUAGAUACAUUUACUUCCUCACUUGACAUUUAUAACUGAAUAUGUUCGGAGUCUGUGAUUGCCGCUCCCCUCAGUGGGACACCCUGCCACCGUGUGAAGAGAGGGGAAAUGUAUUUUUUUUAUUUGGUUUUGUGUGUAAAGAUUCACUUUGUCUCCCUUUAUGUAAAGAGGAUGAGUUACAGAUAUACGAGCGUGGAAGUUACUGUUGAUUUGUUCUUUCCUUUAACAGCUUUGUUGUUUGUAAGUUUGUUUGUUUUCUUUCUUCCUUGCUAUGUACAUUGACCAGUACCCUCUCUUUGAAGGAGUGGCGUUUUCUAACUGUACACUGUAGGUGAGGUUGUUAAAGUAUUUAAAUAAAGUUGAUACAUGAUCAACCACUAAAAACUCA